AUGGAGAGUUUGUGGAGCCCUGAUAGCUUAUUAGGAUGGAUCAAGAAUAUGUCUCUGCACUGGGAGGUGCCUGUGUUCAGCGCAUCGGUCUAUAUUGUGUGGGUGCUCAGAAACAACAAAAGAAUCAAAGAAAAGAUGGAGAAAAAAGAGAUCCUGAAGCCCCAGAACACCGCAUCAGGCAGCAGCAAGUCUAAACAGGCGUCUCCGAAAAAAAAGAAAAGCUUUCAGCUGAAAUCAAUGAUAUUUCUGCACAACAUGGGGAUGUCUCUCUUCAGCAUGCUUGUCUUCAAGAAAACAUUCGACGUCGUUUGGACAGGGCUGUGGUCUCUCUCUUUCAGCGACUUUAUCGUCGACCCAGGAAGAAAGAUGGAGAGGCAGCUGUCUCCCUGGAUUUGGAUAUUCUACAUCUCAAAGUAUUAUGAAGUGGUAGACACUUUGAUCCUCUUUUUAAGCAACAAAGAGAGCUCUUUCCUUCAAAUGUACCACCACGCAGGGGCCAUUGUGGCAUGCUGGCUUGUCUCUCUAAGCGAGUCAUACACAGGAUGGAUUUGGGUGGGCCUUAACUCGUUUAUUCACAGUGCUAUGUAUCUGUACUAUGCAAUGACGGUUAUUGGAAUUAGGCCACCUUUUAAGCGCGUUAUUACAUUCAUGCAAAUCACACAGUUCUUUGUGGGGCUCUUCUUUGGGGUGGUCUACAUGGCAAAUCCUUCCUGUUUUAGCCCAGAUCCAGUUAUUAGAUUCUACCAGUACUCAGCCAUUGCCUUCAAUAUCAUAUAUGUUAUUAUUUUGAUAGGACUGUUCAUUAAUUUUGAAAGACAAACGUACAGAAAGUCAUCUGCGCCAAAAGAAGCUGUUGUGCAGAAAGAGGCUGCAGCUGCUUCGAUCACUUCAAUCACUUCGCACUCUUCUAGCACUGUUCUUAGUCCGUCCUAA